CGGGCUCGGCCCGGCCCGCGACGGCUGGCCGCCGAGACGAGCGCGCUCGCGCUGCUCGUCAAGAUGGCGGCGGUGGCGAUUGCGGCGACGGUCGUUCAGUCGUUCGGCGCUCAGGCGUCUGUCCGAGGGCAUGAGCCUUCCGCGAUUCAAUCCCGCAGCCAAAAGCUGCUCGCUCGAACCGCGGCCGACUCUGCCAUCGCGGCCGCAGCUGUUGAGCUCUCCAGAAGACUGGUGCCUCAUAUGCUGCCUCCCUGCGGAAGUGUUGACUCGAUUCUACCUCGAAUUCUUCUACCCCCACGACUCGGAACGCGAAUGUGA